AUGACAACAGACACGGACAUCAUUAUAAUCGGCGGUGGCAUGUCCGGCAUAGGACUUGCUGCCCAGCUUAAGCGCAACUACAAGUCCGCAACUUUUGAGAUCUAUGAGAAGACCGAUGACAUUGGAGGCACAUGGGCCAUCAACACUUAUCCAGGUUGCGGAGUGGAUGUCCCAAGCCAUUUCUAUUCUUACUCUUUUGCACUGAAUCCCAACUGGACGAGAAAAUUUCCAAUGCAGCAGGAAAUCCUAGCCUACUUUCACACUGUGGCAAAUAUAUACGGUCUUGGAAGCCAUACCAGGCUCCAGUGUACUGUUCAGAGUGCGGUAUGGGACGAGGCACUGAACGUCUGGAAUGUAACAAUCUUUGACCAGACUUCGAAAUCCACCUUUCAACGCACCUGCAAGGCUUUGGUAUCCGCAGUCGGUGCCCUGAGCACUCCAAAAGCUUGUGAUAUUUCUGGUAAGGAGAAGUUUCAGGGAUCAAUCUUUCACUCAGCUAGAUGGAAUCACUCGUUUGAUCAUGCAGACAAGAAAAUUCUUGUACUCGGGAAUGGGUGCAGUGCCACGCAGUUCGUGCCCGUUAUUGCAGAAACGGCAAAAGGCGUCAUACAAGUUGCUCGCCAACCACACUGGCUUCUCGAGCGGCCAAAUCCAACGUAUUCUGAUACAUUCAAAUUCUGCAUGCGCUUUCCAGGGGUCAUGCAAGCUCUCCGGGCCAAAAUUUUCGCAGAAUUAGAGGCAGAAUGGACCAUGUUCGAAACGGAUACUGGUGGUAACGCAAGGGAGAAACUUGCCAGAGCAUCCAAAGCGUACAUCCGCCAAAAUGCGCCUCCUAGAUAUGUGGAUGCGUUGAUUCCAAAGUUCGAAGUGGGCUGCAAGCGACGUGUAUUCGAUACAGAUUAUCUUAAAUGUCUGCAUAGAGAAAACGUAGAGCUUGUCUCGGAUGACUCUGUUGAAAGGAUUACGAAAUCUGGAGUGAUCUUCAAGUCAGGGAGAGAAGUUGAUGUAGACGCCAUUGUGCUGGCAACAGGCUUCAAAACGACGACGCUUCUCUCUCCUCUUGAGGUUGUUGGACGGAACGGCAUGAGCAUUACCGAACAUUGGAAGAAGCAUAAUGAUGGGUUACCACAGGCAUAUUACGGCACUUGCAUUGCUGGAUUCCCCAACUUUUUCGUCAUGAUGGGUCCCAACACCGUCAAUGGCCACCUUUCCGUCAUUUACUCCAGCGAAUGCCAGAUUAAUUUUACACUACGCUUGUUGGACCCUGUUCUAAGGUCCCUUCACCCGCCGUCGAUAAACUUGAGUCUCAAUGGACAUGUUGACGCCGUCGAGGUGAAGCAAGAGGCAGAGGACAGGGAAAACCGCUGGAUUCAGAGCCGGGCAAAGGAACUCGUCUGGUCGAGUGGCUGCACAAACUGGUAUGUUGAGCCGACGACGGGCAAAAAUGUCAUGGUUUAUCCUCACUGGCAGUGGCACUAUUGGCUUCGGAGCAUUUUUAUCAAGCGUCAAGACUUUGUUUAUACUUCGGACCGAGGGGAGCAAAUUGAGGGUCAUGUAUCGUAUUGGUGGAUUUGGAUAUCUGCGCUCAUGUACUUUGUAUCGCCGAUCUUGAUAUAA